GUAAAUAGAGCGAAGGCGGCGGCCUUCGACCCCGUCACCUCUCGGGCGCCCCGCGAGAAGCCCUGGAGGGCAUGGAAGAAGACGAGCAGGAGCAGCGGCGCAGGAAGGUGGAGGCCGGGAGAGCGAAGCUUGCUCACUUCCGACAGAGAAAAACAAAAGGUGACUGUGCGCAUCCGAAGAAAAAGACGGCGAAGAGGAAGGGCCCGGCUGUCGAUGCGCCUGUCCAGGAGGAGGGCCCGGUAGCCACCAAGGAUGGUGGACUCCUGGGAAGAGGGGACGUUUGCGAAGACGCGUCGUGCAGUGACACCCCCGAGGGAGCACAGGCAGCGCAGCUGGAGGACCCCAGUGGAGAGAGGACAGGGCACUCGGAGCAGCCACAGCAGAAGCUGGAUGGCGACCACUUGGAACAGCCUGAGGAUAUCACAAAGGAAUGCGAACAAGAACGUAAGCUAGAAUUUGCGGAGCUGACGAGAAGACCGAAGGAUGCCGUUGGCGCACAGCAGCAGGUGGCCGUGGGGCUUCAGUGGCCGACAGAGACGCAGCAGCCGGUGCCCUCGCUGGAGCUGGAGGCGCUGCGCCUGAGUCUGAGCAACAUGCACGCCGCACAGCUGGAGCGCAUGCAGGCCACCCUGCAGAGGGAGAAGGAGGCCGCGCUGACCGAGCUGCGGGCCGCGCUCAACGGCCGUCACGCCCAGGAGCUGGCCCUGCUGCGGAGCCAGCAGCAGCACCAGCAGGCGCGGGCCCGGGAGCAGCACGCACGGGAGCGCGAGGAGUCGGAGCAGCGCUGCCACCAGGAAACAGCUGAGCUGAAGGAGAAGUUACAGUUAGAAAUGGAGAAGAACGCACGGAUGCUAGAGAACCUGAAGCGAGAAUGGGAAGCCGAGAGAGAGUUAUGCUUAGAAAACCUGCGCAGAGAAUUGUCUGCAAAGCAUCGGUUGGAGUUGGAGAGUUUGCAAGACCAGCUUGAGAACGAACUGGCACAACAGAAAGCGGAGUCGGAGAAGAUUUUUCAAGCCAAAAACCAGGCUGAACGUGCGCUGAGGACUCUGGAGACCCAGCAGGACACGGCCCUGAGGCAGCUGCGUGAGGACCUGCAGUCCGAGAGCGGUCGGCGCGUGCGGGACUUGGAGCAGAGGCUCCGCGACCAGGAGGUGGCCAAGCAGCUCGAGUUAGAGAGCCUCCGAGCAUCGUACGCCGCGCUGAAGGCCCAGUCGCAGGAAGAGAUCCGGCGCCUGUGGUCCCAGCUCGAGUCUCCGGGACCCGACGGUCAGGACCCGAGCGCGUUCCACGACCAGCUCCCGGCCCGCACGCCUCACGGGGAGGAGCGAGAGCACCGGAGGCAGGACCCGUGGUGGCGGCAGCAGCGAGAGGAGUCUGUUCUCGAGUCUGCGCAAGUCAGUGCACCCAGGGUGUUUCUAGAAGAGAGGACUGGAGAAGGGAGCGAGCACCUCGAGGGACCCCGCCUUCAGCCGGAGUUAGAAGAAAACCACCGGAGCCCGUCCUCCCUGGAAGCCCGGCAGGAGGUGGGCCUCGAAGGGACCCCGGUGUUGGAAGGGGAGCAACAUGUGGGGCUCUCAGAAGGGCCCAGCGAAGAGCUCGCUCGGGCGCCUCUCCCGUGUGUGCAGGACGUGGCCUCGCAGGUGGAGACCGAGGUGGCAGCCAGAGUCUUGGGUUUGGAAACUGAGCACAAGCUUAAACUCUCACUUCUUCAGACGGAGCUCAAGGAAGAAAUUGAUGUCUUGAAACUAGAAAACAGAAAUUUGCACGAGAAGUUGCAGCACGCGAUCAGCCUGAAGGAGGACCUGGAGAGGGUAAAACGUGACUUGGUUGAAGAUCUCCAGGAGGAGCUGAAGAAGGCGAAGGAGAAACUGGAGCUGAUGAAGCGGGAAUCCAGAGACAAAGAAGCAGGAUGGAAAGUGGCAAGUGAAAUCCUAAAGAGAAAAGCCGAAGAGGAGCUCGCGCUGGCGCUGCUGCACCUGCGGGAGCAAGCCGAAGCCGAGAGGCAGUCCCUGAUGACCAGGUUUGAGCUGCGGGAGCUCGAAAUGAGGCAGCUUCAGGAUCAGCAGGCCGCCCAGAUCCGGGACCUGGAGGGGUCCCUGGUGGAGCAGCAGGGCCGCCUACGGCAGCUGGAGCUCGGCCUCACGGGGGAGGAGUGUCCGCAGUGUGGCCGGGAGCCAGGUGGCCGUCCGGCUCCCGCAGACCAGGGCGGGGAGCUCGCCACGCUCCGCCUGAAGGAGGACUGCGCCCUCCAGCUGAUGCAGGCACGGAACAGGUUCCUGAAGGAACGGAAGGAGAUCACGGAGAAGUUCGCAGCCGAGCAAGACGCGCUCCUUCGGGAGACCCAGGAGAAGCACAGCCGCGAGCUCCGGCUGCUCCAGGAGAGACACCAGCAGCACGUGCUGUCCCUGACGGCCGAGCUGGAAGCCGUGCGCCGCUCGGAGCAGGAGGAGCUGAGAGCCUCCGUGGAGGGGGAGCAGCGGGCCCUGGCACAGGCCCGAGAGGCCGAGCUGCAGGCCGGGCACGUGGCCGCGCUCCGGGCUCUGGAGGCCAGACACUUGUCCCACCUGGACUCUCUGGAGUCGCGCCACCGGUCGGAGGUGCAGGCCCUGCGGGAGCAGCACCACCGGGCUCUGGAGCAGCUGAGCACAGAGCUGGGGAAGCAGCGGCAGCACAAGGACGCCUCUCGCCCCGCGGCGCUGACUGGGGAGCAGGGCCAGGAGCUCCCGCCCGCGGACGGCGGCCUGACGGCGCAGAUGGAUGCAGAUCCGGGGGCCUCCGGGGUCACGCUGCUCUACCCCGAACUGCUAGCCACGCAGCAGGGUGAAUUUGAAGGUGAAAAGAAAGCUGCUUUGCAUGAACAGGAGGAGAUCCCUAGGCUGGAGUCUGAGCAGGCACAGUCUCUUCACCGAAAAGAGGAAGAGUCUUUGUUUCUGCAGCUUCAGGAGAAGAAUGACCAAAUUCUACGGCUGAAAGACCAAAUUUUAUCCUUAAGUCAAGAAGUAGAAGAGUGCCAUUCUGAACUGGAGAAGCUCCAGCAAAGGCGUGAAAGGGAAAACCAGGAAGGCACAAAUCUCAUCUCGAUGCUGAAGUCCGACAUUGAUCUGUCUGACCGUGAAAGGAGAGCUCUCCGGGACGCUCUGCGGAGGCUGCUCACUUUGUUUGGAGAGACGCUGAGGGCUGCCGUCACCCUGAAGAGCCGGAUCGGUGAGCGUGUGGGGCUCUGUCUGGCGGACGAGGGCCUACCUGAUGCGCGGCCCAGUGGCCAGGCCCUGUUGGCAGCACCAGUGCUCGAUGAGACGUGGCCUGCGUCCGAGGCAGCCCUGUUGGAGCUGGACCGAACUUUGCCUGAAUGUGCGGAGGUGUCUUCAGAGGCUGAAAUUAGCAGUCACAUCUGUGAAAGCUUUUUCAUGAGCCCAGAAAGUUCGCUGGAGUGUGAGCAGCCAGUUAGGAAGCUCUACCGGAGCCUUGGCCUGGCGGUGGAUGGCCUGCUGGAGCUGGCUCUGGACUCCACCCGGCAGCUGGAGGAAGCACGUCAGAUCCAUUGCCGUUUUGAGAAGGAAUUCAGCUGUAAGAAUGAGGAGACCGCACAGGUGGUUAGAAAGCACCAGGAGUUACUGGAGCGCCUGGAGGAGGCGAGCACGGCCCGGAAACAGCUGGUGCUAGAGCUGCACCAGGCUCAGGGCAUCAUCGAAGGGUUCAAGGUGGAGAAGGCCAGCCUGCAGGAGGUGCUGGGCCAGAAGGAGACGGCCGAGCAGGGCCUCGCAGUUGAGCUGGAGAGCCUGAAGCAGCAGCUGCAGUGGGCAGCCCAGCAGCAGGCAGAGCUGAAGGAGGAGAACUCUAUCCUGUGCGCCCAGAAGGAGGCCUUGGCCGCGGAAGCGGAAGAGAGAGAAGCCGCUCUUCGUAGGGAGGUGGACGGUCUGACCCAGGAGCAGGCGGAGGCCAGGAAGCAGGCGGAGAAGGACCGCGCCGCGCUGCUUUCCCAGAUGAAGGUGUUUGAGGUGGAGCUGGAGGAGCAGCUUGCUCGGCAGGAAGCGAGCGCCCAGCAGGCCGGGGAGCUCUGCGCGCUGAGGCAGCAGCUGGCGGCUCUGGACAAGCACCUGCGGAGCCAGCGCCACUUCAUGGACGAGCAGGCUGUUGAGAGGGAGCAUGAGCGGGAGGAGUUCCAGCGGGAGAUCCAGAGGCUGGAGGAGCAGCUCCGACAGGUGGCCCGGCCGCGGCCCCGGGGCUCCUGCAUCAGCGACCAGGAGCAGCUGGAUGAGGAGGUUAAAUUGUUACAAGAAAAGCUGCGAGAGAAAUCAGAUGGGUUUAAUGAGUUGGCUGCGAAGAAGGAGUUGGUGGACAGACAGAUGCUAGUCCAGGAAGAGGAGAUCCGGCGUCUGGAGGAGACCAAUGCCAGCUGCAGGAGAGAGGCGGCCGCGCUGCGGGAGGAACUGGAGAGGCAGAGGGAUGCCGUGAAAGCCUUGCAGCAGGAUAAGGAGGCGCUGGAGGAGCAGCAGAGGAGCCAGUUGCCUCUGAUGUCCACUCUGCAACCGGUGCCUCCCGCAGGCAGCCGUCCCGAGGGCCCCGAAGUCCAGUCAGACGCUGUGCAGAGGGUGCUCCGGCAGCGAGAGCACGAGGUGUUGGACCUAAAAGAGCAGUUGGAAAAGAUUAAAGAUGACUUAGCGUGUAAGAGCGACGAGGUGCUGCAUCUGAACUCGAAGCUGGAGGCCCAGAGCAGCCGAGCUGCCCGUGCGUGGGAGCUUCAGGAGGAGAACACCAGCCUGCAGGUCCUGCAGGACAGGAGCUCCGAGGUCGAGGAGCUGAGAUCCAUCAUUGAGAACCUGCGAGAGAACCAGCGGCGCCUGCAGAGAGAGAAGGCAGAGGAGACGGAGCGGCUGCACGAGGUCAUCGAGAGGCUGCAGAGAGAGCUCUCGCUCGGGGGGCCCGCGGGGCCCGGGGCUGAGGGCGGCCAGCUGCCAGCCGUCCCCGCCGUGGGACCCGAGGCGCUGGCGGCGGCGGGGGCCGUGGGCCAGCUGCUCGCGGAGCAGGAGUGCAGGCACAGCCAGGCCCUGGAGGGCCAGCAGCAGCGGCUACGGGCUGCAGAGGAGGCCGCUGCGACGCAGCUGGCGGAACUGGAGCGCUGCGCGGCCCGCGGGGAGUCAGAGGUCCAGGGCCUGGCCUCCCAGAUCCAGGCCUUCGAAGCCGCCCUGGAGGCAAAGGAGGCCAGGAUCGCGGAAAGGGACUCAGAGAUCGACGCCAUGAAGCGGCAGAAACUGGCCCUGUCGGCGGAGAUGGAGACCCUCCUGGCGGCCUUCUCCCGCUUCCGCCUGGCGCUGGAGCAGCAGCCGCUGGCCAUGGAGGCCGAGGGCGAGCCCCCCGAGCUGCGGCGGCUGCGGGCCCAGUGUGUCCGCCUCGGCCGCCAGCUGCAGCGGCUGCACUUGCGCUUCCUCAGCUGCCAGGGGGAGCUGGACGGGCAGCAGGCGCAGGCGGCCCACCGGCACCCGAGCGUGGAGGGCCGCCCCCAGGGACAGGGCCCCAGGGCUGCAGGGGCCUCGUGGGACGAAGAGUCGCAGCUGCCCACAGACCCGCAGGGCCAGGCUGGGGACACACAGUGUGCAGCUCCCGAGGACUCGCAGCCGGCCAAGGCCCCAGGGUGCUUCCGCCCCGCGGCUCUGCACAGACAGGACAGCGUGAUGUCGGUGCUGGCUGCCUGCCAGAAGCACCUGCAGUCGGAGCUGCUCUUGGCAGAGAACGAGAUGCACGUGAGGACGGAGGACCACAGCCGAGGGCCAGGAGGGCUGCAGAAUAAGGGAGAACUCCUGGAAGAUUGUCAGCUGCGGAAAGUUGGUCUCCUAAGUCAGGUGAAAGAACUGCAAGAAAAGUUGAACCAUUUGCUGUAUUCUGUGAACUCCCAGAACACCGAGACAGAGGAUUUCAGACUUCAGCAGCCAGUGGCGCCUCCACGUGCUCUAGAAAACAGUUGGAGUGAUCAUUCUGAUAAUGGUGAAGAAACGGAGAAGUCUCUUGUUGAUACGUCUCAUAUCGAGAAAACCACGUGUGAUCUGACUGACCUCCGUAGAAGUCAGGAUCCACUGAUAAAAAAUGAAAUGUCAGAUGUUCCCGAGCAGGACCAGGUUGAUUUGCAGGAUGGGUCACCUUGUUUACAAGCAGGCUUCCACGGUGGCUUCCGUGACCUGGCCCAUCCUGAGAGGCCCGCGCCCUUGAAGAACGCACUCCGGGCAAUGGAUCUGUCCUCCUGGAGCUCGCCGGAGGUUGUCAGGAAGGACUCGACCCUUGAGCCUGCCCCCAGCCUGCCCCUGACGCCGUGCUCGGACGCCCUGAGCUUGGACGCCUCCCUGCGGGACAGGACCAGUUCCUCGCUGCAGGCAGACCAGGCGGAGCUGCUCGGGUACCUGGGUGGGUCCGCAGCAGGAGCGGCCUCCGGGGGGGCAGCGUCUCCCGUGGCUGCAGACAAGACGCCCUCCGCUGACCGCCGCGUGCAGUGGGUGUCUGUGGAGAAAGAUGUUGAAGAUUUUAUCGUAACAUCUCUUGAUGCUCAAGAAAAGCCCAGAACCUGUCCUCUCGGGUUUGAAGGGAAGAACAACGGAAGUGAAAACAGUGAUGGCUCAGGGUUUGGAGAAAUACUAAACCGAGGUUCGGGAAGACUCGAAACCCCCACUGCUAGUCCUACAGGGCCUCCUCCCACCUCUGGAAGGUUCGGACGGCCGCUGGAAGCCAUGAAGGAGAAGGAAAUCCAUCCGAAACAAGUGAAGGCUCUGCUGCAGAUGGUAUGUGAUGAGAGCCACCACAUACUGGCCUUGUCCGAGCGCCACGGGCCACCCAGCACCCUGAGCAAGGGCGAGCCGAGUGCCCCCCUCGAGUGCUUCCCGAGAGCGGGCUCCGGCAUUUUGGAGGCGGUGCCGGCUCUGCGGAGACAUGCAACCCUAGCACUCCAAAAGGGAGAGAAGGAACCCCCCAACAUGUGUCUUGACUGGAGAGGAGAAUUUCUCCAGGUUGUGCAGGAGGCAUUUGGAAAAGAGUGGGAGGUGCUGAGGGCCGAGUUGCAACCGCAGCCCUGUGCUCCUGACCCCGGGGACCACAACUCUUUGAUGCAGCGGCUGGAGAAGGUGGUCCAGGAGCAGGAGAAGUCCUUGGAACACCUCCGUCUGUCGGACAGGAGCAGCUUGCUGGCGGAGAUCCAGGCCCUGCGCGCCCAGCUGCGCAUGACGCACCUGCAGAACCAGGAGAAGCUGCAGCAGCUGUGCGGGGCGCUGACCAGCGCGGAGGCCCACGGGAGCCGGCAGGAGCACCAGCUGCGCAGGCAGGUGGAGCUACUGGCGUAUAAGGUCGAGCAGGAGAAGCGGAUAGCCAGUGACGUGCAGAAAACCCUGAAGGAAGAGCAGGAGAAAGCCGGCAGCACGCGGAAGCUCUUGGCGGUGGAGCAGACCGCCGUCCGAGACUUGAGAGCUGAGCUCCGCGAGUGCAAACAGGACAACGAGAGGCUGCUGGCGUCCCUCAGCGAGGCGCAGAAGGAGGUCCUGCAGCUAAGGUCCGUGCUGGACGGCAAGGAGAGCAGCCUGAAGGCUGCGCUGCAGGAGCUGGAGUGCGAGCGCGGGAAGGAGCGUGCCCUGCGGAGCCGGCUCGAGGAGCAGCGGCUACGGCACCUGCACGAGGAGGGCCAGAGCUCCAAGACCCUGGAGGAGCUGAGGACGGCCCUGGAGCAGCAGUGUGCCCAGAGCAGCCGGCUGCGCGUGGCCCUGGAGCACGAGCAGACGGCCGCGGACAACCUGCGGCGGGAGCUGCAGAUCGAGGCCUCACGCUGCGAGGCGCUGCUGGCACAGGAGCGGGGCCAGCUGUGCGAGCUGCAACGCAGCCUGGAGGCCGAGAAGGGCCGCUCGCGGGAGCUGGCGGCCGCCCUGCGGCACGAGCAGCUGCUGACGGAGCAGCUGAGCCGCGGCGCCCGCGAGCCCCCCGUGCAGCACGCCCCGCCGCGGAGGCCGAGGGACGAGCGGGCGCGCGUACCGGAGCCGCAGGCCCGGCUGGAGCAGAUGCAGCGGCGGCGGGCGGCGGAGCUGGAGCGGGACAAGGAGGUAAGGGCGGCGCACAGCCCUGGCACGGAGCUGCCCCCGGCCCAGGAGCCACGGCUCAUAGCCGCGCGGCCGCCGGCGGGACUAGAGUGCGCACAGGCGAGGCCGGCCGCGCGGGAAGGACGCAAGGACGUGAGGAGGCGAGCGGAGACGGGGCCGGGCCGGGCCGACAUGGAGCUGAGGCCGUCAGGAGACAAGGAGAAACGGCGAGAGCUGGAGCUGCAGCGCCAGCGAGACGAGCACAAGAUCCGGCAGCUUCAGCGGACCGUGCAGGCCCUGGAGGCGAAGGAGGCGGCCCGCCAGGCCCCAGAGGCGGAGUGGCUGCAGGAGGAGCGGCUCGGCCUGGAGAAGGUCCGUCAGCAGCUGCUGUACGCCGCUGGGCUCCUGACCAGCUUCGUCAGCCGGACGGUGGACAGGACAAUUAGCGACUGGACGUCCUCGAACGAGAAAGCCGUGACCUCCUUACUGCGCACGUUAGAGGAGCUCAAGUCUGAGCUGAGCACACCCGGUCCCUCCCAGAGAAAGAUGACAGCGGAGCUGCAGACCCAGCUGGUGGACGUCCUCCUGAAGGACAACGACUCCCUGACCACAGCCUUGCGCACAGUGACGCAGGAGAAGGCAGAGCUGUGCCGGGCGGUGUCGCAGCUGGAGAAGUCGCUGAAGCAGCACCUGCUGCGGCGUGGUGUGUGCAGUAGGCCGGACAAGUCUGCAUGGAAACAGGAUGGGACGGGCUCACAGAGCUCAGCGCGACAGCCAGAGCCAGCACGGCCCGCGCCGGCCGCACGCGAGGAGGCCGACAGCUGUGGUGUGCAAGUGGAGAAGUUGUACCUGCAUUACUUGAGAGCAGAAAGCUUCAGAAAAGCUCUGAUUUAUCAAAAGAAGUAUCUUCUGCUAUUGAUUGGCGGAUUCCAGGACUCUGAACAGGAGACGCUGUCCAUGAUCGCUCAUUUGGGAGUAUUUCCUUCCAAAGCAGAUAAGAAAAUUACACCUUCUCGCCCUUUUACGAAGUUUCGGACCGCCGUCAGGGUGGUGAUCGCGAUACUAAGGUUACGUUUCUUGGUUAAGAAGUGGCAAGAGGUAGAUGGGAAAGGAGCCAUCGUGCCAGGCCGAGCGCCCCGCCCAGGAGUCCCGGUUCCACGCCAGCAGCCUCCACCCAAAACCAGCACGUCCCCGCCAACCCGGGACGCGUCCUCCAGCCACGCCGGGGACCGUGUGCCCAAGGCCUCCCUGCGCAGGAGGGAAAGAUCCACUCCGUCCCCGGAUUCAAGAUCCGAAAGAUCCCUGACUGCUUCUCAAGACCCUGAACGUUCCUUGACGGAAUAUAUUCAUCAUUUAGAGAUGGUCCAGCAGAGACUGGGCGGGGCGCCGCCAGAUUCUGCUUCAAAGAAGUCCUGCCGCCAGAAGAUCAAACAAUGAAUAAAAUCCUGUGGCUCUUACCAUGACAAGUCCAUUUGAGGAAAAGAUUUUUUUUUUCCCUUUUCUCAAGGAAGACUCGUGGCGUGGCGUGGCAUGUGGCGUGGCGUGGCCUGCGCUCGGUGCCUGAGGUGCCAGCCCCAAGAGCCGCUCACUGGGCGUCCCCACCUCCCUGCGGUGCUGGAGAGCCCAGUGGAGUAUGUUCUGUGUAACUGCCGUGUGUUUUAGCUCCUUAGCUUCCGAAGGUGACGUGCGUGCCCGUGGGUGACUGGCACCCGUCCUGCUCGGUGUGUGUGGCCAGAGCUGCCCAGCGGGCCUCCUCGUUGUUGAUUUUCUUAAAGUGUACAGAUGGGAACUCGGUUUAAAAACAAAAACACCCCAAGAGCAAAAAGAAUAAAAUCAAGCACU